CCGUUUUUUUAUUAAUCUUUGGGGUUAUAACCUUAAAUAAUAAACAAAAUAUUUACACGUCGAUAAUUUUGUAAUUAAUUUCCAUAAAAUGAUAUCCAGAUAUUUUUAAGAGUACUUCUUUAUUAUAAAACGUCCGUAAUAUAUUUGCAUUAACCAUUUUUCCAAUAUUUUAUAACAUGGAUACACUGUAUAAUCAAACAAACAAGCUAAUUCAGCAAACACAACAAAGAUUUCAAGUUCUUGAAGGAAAUGUUCUUGGUAGAGAUCCAAUAGAAGUUGAAGCAGAUAUUGCUGAAAAUAUCAAACAUAUUAAUAGUAAUUGUGAGAAGCUAGACUUGUAUAUUUACAAAUUACCAAUCGACCAGCGUCAAAGUGUAAAGAUGAGAAGUGAUCAACUGAAAUAUGAUUGCAAACAUCUUCAAGCUGCUUUAGAUGCGGCCAAACAACGACGAAUACGUCGUGAGCUCGCUGCAAGUGAAAGAGAACAGUUAUUAAAUAGACGUUUUGCACCAAACCCAGAUCUAACUACUAUAAAUAUUGAUUAUUCUAUUCAACAACAACAUUCCCUACAUAAUGCUCACCAAGGUGUCGAUGAAAUGUUAUAUACUGGAACUACUACUUUAGAAUCUUUGAGAUCCCAACAUAUGACUUUAAAAGGAGCUCAUAGGAGAAUAAUAGAUAUGGCCAAUACAUUAGGACUAAGCAAUCAUACAAUGAGGCUUAUUGAGAAAAGAGUGUCACAAGAUAAAGUGAUUUUUGUGAUAGGAGUUGUAGUUACAUUAUUUGUAAUUAUUCUUGUUAUAAUAUACUUAACAUAAAUCAUCCGUAGUUCAAUUAAAAAAGGUGAUCAUCAUACCGAAUGUUCUAACAGAUUAAAAAAAUCUUGAUGUAAGAUGAAACCCAUAUACUUUAUUCAAGUUGAUUAAAUAGAAGAAUGUCAAUCGACACAUUUAAAUAUGGAUUAUCUAUAUUUUGCGAAUAAAAAUAUUUUGAUGCAUUAUAACCGUAUGAUUGAAAAAAAACAGCAUCCAGUUAGGUUUUAGAGUCCAUUGAUGAUAUUUCCUAUAUAAUUUUACAUAUAACUGCAAUUUUCAUUUCAAUGUCAUUGCUGACACCGUUUUCUUAUCACAUCUAUACCAUAUUAUCAUUUUAUAUGGGAAAUGCAAUCAAUUAAUUCCAAGCCAUCUUGAUGCCAUGUAUUUUCACUUAUUCGGUAUUAAUAUUUAUUUUAUAUACAUACAUGCUGACAUGGGUUUGUUUAAAAGUAUAAACAAAAAUAAACAUAAUUUAUGCAUUUU